CUUUAUAACAAAACAAUACACAGUUUCGAACCCCUUCGUCUCUCUCGCUCCGUCUUCGACACAGAGCUCAACAAUGGCGUUAGCAGUCUCCAACAUCUUCCACUGCCCUAAACUUCGGCUUUCUCAGAGGCAGUUUCAUUCCAAAUUCUCCGUCUUGCAGCUACACUCAUCGUCAAUCAGAUUAAGAGAGAUAACGCGAGAGAGAAGGAUGGUUAUUUGUUCAGCGGCUUCUGCGGCAGGAAGUUCUAAUCCAGACAGUGACUCCAACCCGUAUGAGGUUCUAGGUGUAAACCCAAUUGAGGGGUUUGACAUGGUCAAAGCAGCGUAUACUAAAAAACGCAGGGAGGCUGAGCGGAUAGGUGAUGAAGCAACUGCAGCUAGACUCGAGAAGGCUUAUGACAAAGUCAUGAUGGCACAAUUCACAAAUCGGAAGAAGGGUGUCACUUUUGGCUCAGUGAAGGUUUCUAAGGACAUCAAGUAUGCUGACAACCAACCAAUUGUGCCAUGGGGGCCAAGGUCUUCCAAGUCCAGCCCAAGAGAUAUGCAAAUCAACAUGGCAAUAUCUGCUGUAUUUACUGCUUGGGUCCUUAUCAAAGGCAGUGCUGAAUACAAACCUCUACAGUUCUUGGCAUUUGCUUUUGUUUAUCGGAUUUUUGAAAAGCUGAAAGCUUUUGAACCAGCUGUAUCACCUUCAUUUACAGAAGAUGGUGAAGAUUCAGGACGAGGUAUACGGAUGGGAAAGCGGUUGCUUCGUUCUCUUGCGUUAGUGUUUGGAUGUAUUGCUGUCAUCUCUUUGGGAUAUACUGGUAUCUUGAAUUUCAUUGAGUUCUUGGGCAACUAUAUUCCAGAAUUUUUGUACAAUAACCAGGAAUUAUUGGUCACUAGUUCAUCGGCUCUCAUGCUGUACAUCAUGGCAUCUUACUACAGAUGAUGUUAAACCAGCAUGUACCAUUCAAUCUUGCACUCUACUUUUGAAGGAAACGAUUUUUGAUAUAUUAUUGAUUUGGUAAUCUAGUUUUGUAAAAUGAGGAAACAAUACUGAUGUUGUUAUUGAGGAAAUGUAGAUGUAGCUUCAGAAAUUUUUCGUGCAAUGGGAUAUAUGUUAGCUAUCAUCUCAUAUAUAAAAGAGGUUGCGAUCUCAAUUAGCAAAUGUGAUAUUUAUUGAGUUGAGGUGGAAAACAAAGAACACAGUUGAUGAAGUUGUAGUUAUCUCAAUUGGUUAAUUUUGGCUUCUUUGAUA